AUGAAUUAAAUCAUUCAAGAAAAUAAUUCUUUAGCUAGUAAUUAAGCAUAAGGGUCAGAUCCUGAGACAAAAAAAUAGUAAUAUUAAUUCAUUUCGAGCGAGAAUUAAGUAAUAAGAAAAGGAAAAAAACAAACAAUUCAUGAAUUUUACAAGAUCAAAACUGAUAGAUAUUUGGAGAGUUUGAAAUCUAAAAAAUCAAAUGAUACUUCAGAGAUUAUGAAUAAUAGUUUUUAAGCACCAAAUAAUCCUGAUUUAGAGCAAGAAUAAAUUUAAGAAUAAGAAUUUUAAAUUCGAAAGAAUGAUCGAAAAUAAUCAACAAAACAAUUUUAUUAGAAGAAUGUCUUAAAAAUGUUAGAGAGAUUUGCAGCAAAAAAUGAAAUAGUUAAAUCUGUAAAUGAAAACAUAAAUUAAAAUUAAACAAAUUAAAACGAUAUUAAUUAUUCCGAAAAGCGAGAUGAAGAAUCUUAAAUAUAUAUGAAUAACUAGUUAUAUUGUGAAUCAUUAAAAUUGAUAGAACUAAAAAAGAACGUAGAAAUAAUCGAAUCGAAAUAAUAAUUUGUGACAUACUUAAGCAAUGAUGAUAUUUUGAAAUUUUAGGAAUAAUAAUAAUAAUAAAAAUAAUAAGAGUAAUAAUAAUAAUAAUAAUAAAAAUAAUAAGAGUAAUAAUAAUAAUAAUAAAAAUAAUAAGAGUAAUAAUAAUAAUAAUAAUAAAAAUAAUAAGAGUAAUAAUAAUAAUAAUAAAAAUAAUAAGAGUAAUAAUAAUAAUAAUAAAAAUAAUAUGAGUAAUAAUAAUAAUAAGAGUAAUAAUAAUAAUAAGAGUAAUAGUAAUAGUAAUAAUUAUAAUAAUAAAUAAAAGAUAAUAAUAAUAAACAAUAAGAUAUAAGUAAUUUUGAUUUAAAUCCUAAUUAAAAAGUAAGUGCGAUGAAAGGGAAUCGUAGAAAUUAAUCAAUUUAAAAAUAAUAGGCAAAGGUUUAAUUUCCUUGUGUAUAAUAAAAUGAUUCAGUUUAAGAAGAGAUAUAAAAUCUAAUAUUAGGAUAAAAUGAAGAAAUAAAAUUAGAUCUUAGUAAAUUAAAUGCUAUAAAUAAAAAUGAUAGAAAGAAAAGAAGAAGUAAAUAAAUAAAGAUUAAUAAUUAGAUGAAACAUAAUCAGCUAAUAGUAAGAGAUCAAUAAGAUCAAAUUGGACAACGAAGACUUUUAAAGAGAAAGCAGAAGAAGUAGCAGUUCCAGCAGUAGGGACUGCAUUAGUUGGUUCUUUAGGUGUAAUGUUGGCAAAAAAUGUUUUAAAAGGGAAAUAACAAUUAUUAGGAAUAGUACCAGCAUUAGCCUGUGGUGCUUAUUAUUUUUAUAAAGUUAAGAAAUAGAAUGAAGUUGAGGUUGAAUUUGAUGAUGAGAAUGAAGAUGAUGUAGAUUCUGAGGACGAAUAAGAUAGUACCAGAUUAGAAUAAUGAGAAUAAUAAUAUACUAUUAUAAAUAAAUA